GCUCCCUCGGGUGUACGUCAGGCAGGAGGCGGAAGCGCAGCGGGGGCGGGAAGGUUGUAGAGCCGCACGUUGGGCUCUUUUUGCAGGUCUCUAAGUGGUCGCGCCCCCUUUGAGAGAGCGUUCGGACGGCGAGGAGGGUCCUGGGUGCUCUCUUGGCCCUGGGGACUGUAAAGUGCUGACCAGUUGCCACCGAGCAUAGCUGAAACAAAAUAGGAAGAUAUGGCAGCAAACCCUUCCGGACAAGGUUUUCAAAACAAAAACAGAGUUGCAAUCUUGGCAGAACUGGACAAAGAGAAGAGAAAAUUACUAAUGCAAAACCAAUCGUCAACUAAUCAUCCUGGGGCGAGCAUCGCACUCUCGAGACCCUCUCUUAAUAAGGACUUCCGGGACCACGCCGAGCAGCAGCAUAUCGCAGCCCAGCAAAAGGCAGCUCUGCAGCAUGCACACGCACACUCAUCUGGAUACUUCAUAACUCAAGACUCUGCCUUUGGGAACCUCAUUCUUCCUGUCUUACCUCGCCUUGACCCAGAAUGAAGAAAAGAUUUGUCAAAAGUGACUAUAAUAUCAGAUGCCAAAGCUACUAUCAUUUAGUGCUAUACGAACUGUGACUUUCAGAAUUUUGGUGAACUUCUAUACUUUUUUGCUUCUUUAAAAGAAAGGCAUGUGUAUGUCGAAGCAGAAAAGGAGGGUCACCAGGAGGAUGAGAGUUUUGGAAGCUGUAUUAUCUAAGGAACUGAUGAUGCUACUUGUGACUGUUUUGGAACACAGUUUGAUUUUUUAACCCAAAUCAGACUCUGAAUUGGAUGGUCACAUAAAUUCACCCCCCAUCCCCCAACUAGGUGGAUUGAAUAUAUCAUUGUCCGCAGUAGACUUUCAUGAAUAGUACUUAACUUUAAAGAAAUGAGGGUGCUUUUAAAAAUGUGAACCAGUAGGCUUAAAUGAUUUACAUUCAUAUUUGCUGUUUAUAGAAUUGCUAUCAGUGUACCUUUUGUGUUUAUAGUCAACUUGUCAUUCUUAAAUAUUCUUUAACUCAUGACUAACUCCUUUAUUCUCCAUUUUCAAAGAAAAUCUAAGAGUAAGUUACCAACCAGUCUUAAACAUCUUUUAUAAACCUAUGCUACUAUAAAUUAUGUGACUAAAUGUGAUUAAAAACAAUGAUAAGAAAUGUGAUUUAAAAA